AUGGCCCGCGGCGCCGAGCGGGGCGGCCUUGGCGGCGGCGCGGGCUGGGGGCUGCGCGGGGCGCUGGCGGCGCUGGCGCUGCUGUCGGCGCUCAACGCCGCGGGCACCGUGUUCGCCCUGUGCCAGUGGCGCGGUCUGAGCGCGGCGCUGCGGGCGCUGGAAGCGCAGCGGGGGCGCGAGCAGCGCGAGGACGGCGCCCUGCGCGCCUUCCUGGCCGAGCUGAGCCGCGCGCCGCGCGGGGUGCCCGCCCCGGCCCUGGAGCCCGCGGGCGCCGCCGCCGCCGCGCGCAGUCGGCGCAGCCACGGCCACAGCCACGGCGGAGAGCCGGUGCAGCACGUCCGCGCCGAGGGGCACGACAUGCUGAUGAUGAUGACCUACUCCAUGGUGCCGGUCCGGGUGAUGGUGGAUCUGUGUAACAGCACCAAGGGCAUCUGCCUGACAGGCCCACCUGGCCCACCAGGCCCACCUGGAGCCGAUGGGUUCCCCGGUCAUAAUGGUUCAGAUGGACUACCUGGCCUUCAGGGUCCUAAAGGUGAAAAAGGAGCGAAUGGAAAAAGAGGAAAGAUGGGGCCACCUGGUGCCCCUGGAAAUCCAGGAGAAAAGGGAGACCCGGGUGAACUGGGGUUGACAGGAAAUGAAGGUCCAGCGGGACAGAAAGGUGAAAAAGGGGACAAGGGGGAUGUGUCCAACGAUGUGCUUGCUACAGGUAUCAAAGGUGAUCCAGGCCCACCUGGGCCCCCAGGACCUCCAGGUCCCCCAGGUCCCCCCGGAAACAGAAGAUCCAAAGGUCCUCGGCAGCCCAACAUGUUCAAUGGCCAGUGCUCAGGUGAGGCAUGCGCUGUUCCAAAUGAUGACACCUUGGCUGGGAAAGCCGAUGAGAAGGUCCCUGAGUACCUCUCCCCGCAGGAAGGAUCCACCAUCACUUCCAUUGGGAGCCCAACACAAGUACUAAAGAUGUCAGAGACCUUUGGGACUUGGAUCCGAGAUUCCACAAACAAGAGUGAUGAGCGCAUCUGGGUGACAGAACAUUUCUCAGGCAUCAGGGUGAAGGAGUUCAAGGACCAGCCUGCACUGCUUAAUGGGAGUUUCUCCCUCAUCCACCUGCCCUACUACUUCCAUGGCUGCGGCCACGCUGUCCAUAACAGAGCGCUCUACUACCACAAAGGGGGCUCCAGCACCAUCAUCAGAUUUGAAUUUGACAAAAAGAUCUCCCAAACCCUGAAGCUUGAAAAUGCCUUCUAUUUUGAUCGGAAAUACCUCUUUGCAAAUUCCAAGACUUACUUCAAUUUGGCUGUGGAUGAAAAAGGCCUUUGGAUUAUCUAUGCUUCCAGUGUGGAUGGCUCGAGCAUUCUUGUUGCCCAACUGGAUGAGAGGACAUUCUCUGUGGCUCAGCACAUCAACACCACAUACCCCAAGUCCAAGGCUGGCAAUGCCUUCAUUGCCCAAGGGAUCCUCUAUGUCACGGACACCAAAGACAUGAGGAUAACGUUUGCCUUUGAUUUGUUAGGAGGGAAGCAGAUCAAUGUCAACUUUGAUUUCAGAACUUCCCCAUCUGUCCUUGCCAUGUUGUCAUACAACAUGAGAGACCAGCAUUUAUAUUCAUGGGAAGAUGGUCAUUUAAUGCUCUAUCCAGUGCAGUUUUUGUCACCAACUAUAACCUAGUGAUGGAAUUUCCCUCAGUACAUUUCUGAUAUUUACAUCCCACUAAGAAAGUGUCUCUGAGGGGAGCCAGAGGGCCAGCAGGUAAGGCACUUGUCUUGGCAUGUGGCUGACCCAGGUUCAAUCCCCACCCAGUACCACAUAUGGCCCACUGAACCCUGCCAGGGAUGAGGUCAGAGCCAGGAGUAAAUCCUGAGCAUAGCUGUGUGUGUCCCAAACUCCUCACCAAAAAAGGAGAGCCAAAGACUUAACUGUGGUAAACUCACAAUAACAGUCUUAGGGUUGUGAACCCUCUUGACUUUCCAUUAGGGUAAGGAAUAGCUUAGUAGAGCAAGUUAUCUUUCUCUCCCAUUCCACACACACUCUGGUUCCAAGGAGAGGGCUGGCUGAGAUGAUUGGUAAAGAUCUCUACCCUCAGGAAAUUCUGUAAUACUUGGCUAUUGCUACUUUUACUACUUUAAUAUUUUGGGGAUGAGGGGUUAUUUUUUUUUUGCCCAGUGUUGAGCAAAUUGGCUUCUAAGUUGAUACUUCCAAAACCCUUGUUUGUUUUGAUUUGGGACCACACUUGGCAGUGCAGAGGGGUUACUCCCCCCACCCCCAGUGCUGAGUCUUAUUUGGAUUUUUUUGAAAAAGCGGCACUGAGCUAAAAAACAAACCAAAAAAAAGGCAGCUCCUACCUGCUAUGUAUCAUCAUUCUCUCUCAGCUACAACCACCCAGCAGUGCAUUGUUAUGUUUCAUUUUGUUCUGAACAAGAAAGUAGUUAUUUCUAUGGCUUGAGUCUGAGUAAACUUGCUCUGAGACCAGGUGAGCAAACCUUUAAACCAGAACAGAGCAGUGAACUGUCUUUUGCCUUUCCCAGUUUUAGAUGCCAACUCCUCUUUGCUGCCAGGAGAAAAUCCAUUUUAACUUGCUCCUAAAUGCUCUGAAAUCAUAAGCUGUUUUGUUCACAAGGUCCAGUGAGGGGAAGCUGAAAGGGCCUGAGUCUCAGCAGCUGAGAAGGGCAGAGGGCAAGUCUUAGGGGAAGAACUUUUCGACCACUUGGUCUUGCUGACU